AUGGCUUCCUUUGGGAACAUCAAAGUGGAGUACAAGCAAGCGAACCAUGAUUUCAGUACGCGUUGGCAAGAAUUCAAUCCAUCCACUCAAGUACUGCAGGCAGGAUGGGCAAAGGCCCCGGGCCGUCGACCCUUACCGGAAGACAUAGUCUUCGAAAAGGAUUGUGCCGUCCCACUCAGGGAUGGGCUGAAGAUGUGGGCAGACAUUUUCAGACCGCCAUCCUCAGAUAAUUCGCCUGUCCCUGCAAUCAUCGCCUGGAGCCCGUACGGGAAGGAGGGGAACGGUCGGGAUGCUCUCCCAUCCUACAGUAGAUUUGCUAAAGUCCGUCCAGGUUUCCAGGGUCUCGAUGCUGUACCUUUCCGUGCUGGCGUCCCUCGAAAUGCGACUAGUGACCUAGAGAAGUUCGAGGCGCCCGAUCCUGCUGAAUGGUGUCCUCGGGGAUACGCAAUUGUGAACAUCGACUCUCGUGGUGUGUACGACUCUGAGGGAGAUAUUGCGGUAUUGGGAACACAAGAGGGCCGUGAUGGGUACGAUGCUGUCGAGUACAUUGCUUCGUGCAGCUGGUGUACUGGCGCAGUUGCAUUUGCAGGAAAUUCGUGGCUCGCUGCGUCCCAAUGGUUUAUUGCUGCAGAACGGCCCCCUCACUUAAAAGCUAUAGCUCCGUGGGAAGGCCUUGCAGACUAUUACCGGCAUCAAAUGGGAUGGGGUGGGAUACCAAAUCCUGCCUUUUGGGAUUAUAGGUCGCACGGAUAUCAUGGGAAGAAUAGACUCGAGGACACAGGUCAAAUGAUCCGCACAUACCCUCUUAUGAACAACUAUUGGAACGACAAACGCGCGAAGAUAGAGCAGAUAGAGGUGCCGAUGUAUGUCCUGGCAAGUUUCUCCUCGAGCCUGCAUACUGAAGGUUCAAUCCGAGGCUUUCUAUUUUCAGCCUCAAAGGACAAAUGGCUCCGAAUCCACCACACCCAAGAAUGGUACGACCUAUACCAGGAGUCUGCGGUCAAUGACCUCCAGAGGUUCUUCGACAAGUACCUCCGUGGGAUAGAUAACGGGUGGGAAGCCACUCCCAGAAUUCGACAUUCUUUGCUGGGAUUUAACAUUCCCUCUGUUGUGGACCGAGUAGAAACUACCUACCCACCCAAUUACGUCAAACACAACACUUUCUUCCUUGACUGUGCGAACGGAGUUCUACAAGAUUGUGAGCCCGCAGCUUCGUCAUCGACAAGGUAUCUCUCAGACUCCUGGGAUGAUGAUGGCGCUCACUUCACCCUUAAAUUUCAAGACUACACUGAGCUGAUCGGUUUCUCUCGUGUCAAGCUCUACAUGUCUUGUGCUGGUACCGAUGACAUGGACGUGUAUGUCAUCAUGAGGAAGCUUGACCGAAAGGGAAAACCUUUACUCCAUUUAAACAUCCCCUUGGAAGCUUUCCCUACAGGCACAACGGAAGCCGAAAUCCCCCAUGUCAACAUAUUCAAGUAUGUCGGCCCUGGAGGUCGCCUCCGGGCAUCGCACCGCAGGAUCGAACCCGAUCCAAACCUAUCCCCUGAGCAGAGUCGAAUGAUCGCACCAGGGGAUAUAUGGCACCCACACGACCGUGAAGAGAAGAUUCAACCAGGCGAGGUGGUAUGCUUGGAAAUCGUAAUCUGGCCCGGAGGUAUGAUUUUCGAAGCAGGAGAGUCAAUUCGACUGGAAAUCAAGGGCCAUGAAGCCACUCUACCCGAGUUCCCGGCCUUGGAGCGCGUGCCGACAAAUCUCAACCGCGGACAUCAUAUGGUUCACUCGGGGCCCGAGUACCCUUCUUCGGUUGUUUUGCCUCUGGCGUUUGGCAAGAGAUCCAUUUAA